UCAGAUAACACACAGGCCGGAGGUUCAGUGUAAUUACUUCAGCCAUGACUCUCACAGGAAAACACUUGUAACUUAGUUAUAUUAUUUUAAUUAAAACCGAGACAUCUGGACACGACGCGCGCGCCGCAGACGACAGGUGGAUAUAAUUAGAAGUUAAUUAUCCUCGUGCGGGACAUUGAUAUGGAGGAGACCAGUGACUUGUAUGAUGUGAAUGAGACAAACGCCCCCACUCACUGGGCAGACCACCAACACGAGUGUCUGGAGAAUCUGGACAAUGUGGACUGUCUCAGAAGGAAGAUCAAGUAUUACUUCAUGAACCCCUGUGAGAAGUACCAUGCUCGUGGACGAAAACCAUGGAAACUCAUACUGCAGAUCAUCAAAAUUGCCAUUAUUACUAUGCAGUUAGUGUCUUUUGGGCUGAGCAACCAGAUGGUUGUCACAUUCAAGGAGGAAAAUCUGCUGACAUUCAAGCACCUCUUCUUGAAAGGUUAUGCUGAUGGAGGCAUGGACACGUAUGCUGUUUACAGACAGACUGAUGUUUAUGAUCACAUUGAUUACAUCAUUGGACAGUAUGGACGUCUGCACAACAUCACUGUCGGCAAUCACGAAUAUAAGAAAAACGGCUCCAUCUACACCCCCUUAUUACUGUGUCAGGAUUUCUACAGAAACGGUACCAUCUUCCCGGGAAGUGAGACCUUUGAAAUAGAUGCCAACGUGGAGACCGACUGCCUCGAAGUUUAUCCGAUGUAUCACACAUCAGUGCGGGAAGUACUUCCACAUUUUGAAUUGCAUUUCAAAAGAAUGCUGUCUGUCAAGAUCACAUUUGUUCUCAAGGCCAUAAAUUUACAGACAGUGAGACAUCGAGAGCUCCCAGACUGCUACGACUUCCUUGUCUUUAUCACUUUCAACAACCAGGCUCACAGCGGCAGGAUCAAGGUUGACCUGGAAACUGAUGUAGACAUCAAUGAAUGCAGAGACUGGAAAGUAACUGGAGCAUCUGCUAAGAGCAUCUACCUGACUGUGCUGUUUGACUGCCUCAUCAUUAUAACGUGCAUCACCUCCUUCACCCUCUGCACACGCUCAGUGAUCACUGGGAUUCGGUUGCAGCUUGAGUACACACUCUACUGCAGGAACGACUGUGGUAAAGAAAUUCCAUGGUCAGACAAGCUGGAGUUUGUGAAUGGCUGGUAUAUCCUCAUCAUUGUUAGUGACACACUGACCAUCAUUGGCUCCAUUCUCAAGAUAGAGAUCCAGACAAAGGUCCUCACGAGUUAUGAUAUCUGCAGUAUCUUCCUUGGCACAGGCACCAUGUUUGUCUGGAUUGGGGUCAUCCGCUAUAUGGGCUACUUUAGGAAGUAUAAUAUUCUCAUUCUGACACUCAGGGCAGCUUUCCCAAAUGUUAUCCGUUUCAUCUGCUGUGCUGGAAUUAUCUAUCUUAGUUACUGUUUUUGUGGUUGGAUUGUCCUUGGCCCGUAUCACGAGAAGUUUCGGACCUUGAACACGGUUUCAGAGUGUCUGUUUUCCCUGAUCAACGGAGACGACAUGUUUCCCACCUUUAAGAACAUGAAACAAAAGAGCAGCCUGGUGUGGACUUUCAGCAGAGUCUACCUCUAUACCUUUGUCUCGCUCUUCAUCUACAUGAUUCUCAGCCUUUUCAUCACAAUCAUCACCGACACCUAUGACACCAUCAAGCAACAGCAGCAGAGUGGAACUCCAACAUCAGAGCUGCAAAAGUUCUUGUCCGUGUGUAAAGAUCUGCCAAACUCUGGGGUGUACAGACUCAAUGAGAACAGCUGCUUCUCUAACUGCUGCAUCACCAGGUUCAGGAAGCAUCAAGAGAGGCUGACUUCAGAGGCAUAGCAGGUCUUCAAUGUGGAGACGCUGAAAGGCUGUACUGUAUAAACUCUAACCCAAUAAUUAAUGUGCACUUUAUACUGUUAUGUUCAGUGGGAGGGUCUUGAAAAACGUUUUAUUUCUUUAAAGGGGAACUUGGCAACUCUAGCCAUUUCUUCGCUGGUUUUCACUUUUGUCAUCGCAUGUUUU